AUUGGUGGAAGGGUCUGGAGUGUUACUGGGCGGUCGAGCCUGACAAUCUUAUUUAAAGAUAAAGAUUACUAGACAAGCACACGUCAGUGGGACGACCUUCGCGGACAGAAUUUGCUUUCUUUUUCUGCACUUUCCUUCCGAGAAUUGCUGCCGUGCCGCCGUCAUGUCACUGAACUCCAUUAAGUCUUUCAAGCUGGAGCUGGAUGGCGAGGGAGAUGCUGCGUUCACUGGAGGAGAGGUGGUGUCAGGCCAAGUGGUGUUGGAGCUCCGCAGGGACACCAAAGUGCACUCCAUGAAGGUGCAGGGGAGAGGUGUCGCUACGGCACACUGGCUGGAGAAUCGUGGCAUGAAUUCUGUCUACAAUGACUACACCUCCAGGAUCACUUACUUCAGGAAGAGACAGCAUCUGAUCCGAGAUAAUGGAGAAGUGACCGUCCUUCCUGCGGGCAGACACGAAUACCCGUUCAGCUUCCAGCUUCCAGAGGAGACGCUGGUCACCUCCUUUGAAGGGAAACACGGCAGCAUUCGUUACUGGGUCAAAGUGAAGCUCCACAGACCGUGGGCCACCGUCAAGAAGAUCAAGAAGGAGUUUACAGUCAUUGAGCCCAUUGACAUAAACACACCAGCGCUACUGGCACCACAGGCCGGAACAAAGGACAAGAUGGCACGCACGUGGUACCGCAACUUUGGACAAGUGUCUGUUACCGCAAAGAUUGACCGCAAAGGUUAUACACCAGGCGAGGUUAUACCCGUUUUUGCCGAGUUUGACAAUUCCACUUCACGCUCGGUUGUACCCAAAGCCUACAUCACUCAGACGCAGACGUUCAUCGCCCGCGGCACCAUGAAGCAGAAGCGCUCCGUGGUGGCUACACUGUGCGGCGACGUGGUGGGCGCCCGGUGCCGAGAGACCUGGCACGGUCGGGCCAUCAAGAUCCCACCCGUGGGUCCGUCCAUCCUGCAGUGCCGCAUCAUCAAAGUGGAAUACAUCCUCAAGGUGUGUGUCGAUGUCCCGGGGACCUCCAAGCUGUUUCUUGAGCUGCCCCUGGUCAUCGGUACCAUCCCUCUCCAUCCUUUUGGAAGCAGGACCUCCAGCGUCAGCAGCCAGUACAGCGUCAACCUGGAGUGGCUGCGUAUGGCCAUCCCCGAGCAGCCUGAGCCUCCUCCAGAGUACAGCUCUGUGGUGGCGGACGGGGAGGCCGAGCAGUGCAACAACACGGCGGCCCCUCAGCCGGUGGACGAUCUGAGUGGGAUCCUCGAGCGGCCCCUUAUGGCUUUUGUGCAGGAGUUCCGCUUCCGACCUCCGCCUGUGUACAGCGAGAUUGACCCCAACCCUCAGCCCAUGAACAUGAGGCCUCGCUGCAUGACAUGCUGAACUGCAAGAUCCUGCCUGAGCGUCGAGCGACUUAAAUGAAUCCUCUGAAGCUUUGUCUUCUCUGAUUGGUCCUCUUUGAAAAGUGGCACCUGGAUGUUACCGGUGUCACUGAGAGACUGCGGCGGGCGCCGCGGCGAUAGCCUGGCGACGACGCUGCCGGGCGGGGGGGUCUAAAAGACGGUGGAGGAACCCCCUCGCUUGGUUUUUCCAGUCUGUACGUGGACUCUUUUGCUGAGGUUCUGCUGAGAUGGAAGCAGUGGCUCCACAUACAUCAGAGAACUCCUCAUGACGAGAGCUGCAAGCACCUCCCAAUCAACAAUCCCGUCACCUGAGGGUGAGAUGUAAGGAUUUUUGCAGCCAUUUGGGUAUUAUGGGAUAUCACCUGGUGCCCACAGACGUCAAGUGCCUUGUUGUUAAUUGCCAUGUUUACGAUGGAAUUGUCAUCUUUCAAUGGUGUAAAGCGAGAAGUGCAAUUAUUGUUCGUUUUCUACGUUCCUUUUAACAGGCUACACAAUGGAAGCUAAUUGAUGAUUUUUACUGUUAAUCAAGCACAUACUGUAAAUGAUCAUGUAAAAGUGAACGGUAGCUGGCAAGUUGAGUAAGCCGCACAGAGAUGUGUUUUAUGCAUGCAGUACGCAAAAUAUGGAAAAGGGAAAAUACAUAUGCCUUAAUAUCUGCCGACAGAGAGUUUCAGGAAGUUGUUGUGAAGGAAAACGGAGCAAAAACUGUCACCUUUUUGUUGUGUUCAGCAGUUUGGAAGUGUCAGACAGUUUGUGGAAGCUGAUAUUUGUUAGUACCUAGCUGAAGCAGAAUGAGUUGUUUGUGUAUAAAAGUCUCACAGAUAAGCUCCCCCCCGCACCCCCCAUGUGCUAAUGGGAGCCAGAUGCCUUGUCGGUCUGAGCCGCCUUGAAGGGGAAGCUCAACCAGAACAACAUUUACAGCAAGCUUUAAGCUGGAGAUGCCUCUGGAGUUUACACAUGAAGAACAUUCCAAAAAAAAUGACUCUUUAAUGAUGUCUUUCCUCAUCUUCCAAAAUAACGAGUAGGAAAGUUGUCUUUAGGGUCAGCUGUGUGAUGGCAUUGUAGUAAAAAGUAUUUUUUUAUACAAAUGCAAUGUUAAUUCACAAUCUUGCCAAAGUUUUUUUUUUUAAAUAAACAACACAGAAUUGA